AUGGCGGAUGGCCAGGGCCAAUAUCCCCCCGAGCUGCAGUACAUCAUCGUUUUUGGACCUGAUUCGAACUGCACACUCGAACUGUGCCCCCUCGAAUGGAGCGUAUACAAGUACAGGCCCUCGCUGCCAGCCAACAUCUCGUUUCUCGUACUGCUGGGCAUCGCAGCACUCACCCAUAUCUACCUGGGCUUCCGGUGGAAAUGCAUCUGGUUCGCCGUGUCCAUGGUGCUCGGCUCGGUCUACGGCAUGGUCGGCUACGUGGGCAGAAUCAUGAUGCACGCCAACCCUUUCCGGUUCGAUGCAUUCUUAAUGCAGGUCGUUUGCGUGACGGGUGCCCCCGUGUUCUAUACAGCGGCCAUCUAUGUCACAUUGUCACAAGUCAUCAACUACUUUGGCCGCGAAUUCUCGCGCCUUCGACCAAAGUUGGUCUACUGGAUCUUCAUCCCCGCCGACAUACUCUGUCUCGUCCUUCAAGCAGCCGGGGGUGCCCUCUCCACAAUCAGCUCAGGCUCCAGCCAGACGGGGAUCGACAUUGCCAUGGCGGGUCUGAUCCUCCAGGUGGUGGUGAUCUUCUGCUUCUGCUCGCUCUUUGCCGAUUACAUGAUCCGCUUCUUCCACUCCAAGCACUCGCGCGCCCUGGAAAAGAAAGAAAAGCUGUUCUUUGUAUUUCUGGGCGCGGCCAUUGUUCUCAUUGAGGGCCGAUGCAUCUUCCGCUGCUACGAGCUGAGUCAGGGAUACACCGACUCGGACUUGAUUACCGACGAAGCGCUUUUCAUCGGUCUUGAGGGAGUAUUGAUACUGGUCUCUGUAUUCUGUCUGUGCAUUGGCCACCCAGGAUUCAUUUUCAACGGUGCCAAGAGCGCGGCUGCUACGACAGGGGCUACGAGCACCUCAGAAGACAUCGAAACCUCACGCGACAAAGCAGCGCCAGAUCAGCGCGAGCAUGAAGUGCCUGUUCAGAGUCGGGGUCCUUGA